CUGCAGGGACACCUAAAUUCGCAGAACAUUGGCUUCUGCAGGGACACCUAAAUUCGCAGAACAUUGGUUUCUGCGAGGACACCUAAAUUCGCAGAACAUUGGCUUCUGCAAGGACACCUAAAUUUGUAGAACAUUGGUUUCUGCGAGGGACUCCUGAAUUCUGGUGGAAGUUUUGUUGAGGCAUUGUCAUUCAUCUGCGACAUCCUCCUUCCAAAAUGGCUUCUGGAUUCCCGAAAAAGACACCGAGCCCUCGUCUUCUGCUCAGGGAAAGACUGAAGCCUGAGACUCUGACUCCCUCUGCCUUCCAGGAGGAGAUGUCUCUCAGCAGCAAGCAGAGGCUGGCCAGAGCUAAGAAGCUGAGUCUGCCUCAGAUUGUCCAGCCUCAAGACAAGCGUGAGAGCUCCCACCAGAAGUUGUCAGCAGCUGACCCAGAGAAGAGCUCAUUUCAGCCUUGCCCACCAGAGGUGGUGUUUCAGAACUACACUCCUGGUGAGGUCUAUGAAGUGCCCGUGGUUCUGAGGAACAGGGACAAGGUUCCUCACUUGAUGAAGGUCACCUUGGAGAGCUCACCUUAUUUCCAGCUGGUGGGCCCCAAUGACGUGUGCCGCAAGGUGCCGCCGGGACUCUCCACGACUGUCCACGUCCUCUUCAGCCCUUGGCAGAACAAGGAUUACUUCCACCAGCUCCUCUGCACCACUGAAAGGGAAGGGUUCAUUGUGCCAAUUCGGGCCAUUGGUGCCCGAGCCAUCCUGGACUUCCCUGACCAGCUGGACUUUUCCAAGUGUCCGGUCAAGUACAGCAGCCAGAAGACUCUGGUGGUCCGUAAUGUCGGGAACCGGGCAGCUCAUUACCAGCUGAGCACCCAGAGCCCUUUCUCUGUCCUUCCGGCCAUGGGAGUUCUGGGCGUUGGUGACACCAUGGAGGUGACAGUGGGAUUUCAGCCACUGAAGACUGGUGACUGUUCCGCGUCCCUUGUCGUGCACUACGACACAGGUGAAGACACCCACACAAGCCUUCAUGGAAGAGCUGUGGAUGCCCCAAUCAGGCUGGACAGGAAUACCGUGACCUUUGACAAGACGUACAUCACCGUGUCAAACCGCACAGCUGUGCUCAUCCACAACCGCAGUAAUAUCACAGCCCGCUUCCAGUGGAAGGCUGUUGAUGCUGGGGAAGAGGAGGAUCAGCUGGAGCUGAGCCUCCAGAGUGAGAUGGCAAAGGUCAGAGGAGAUCCCAUGCUGUUCUCUGAUGACAUUUUCUCCCUUGAGCCAAAGGAGGGCGAGAUCGGGCCGAAUUGUUCGGCUGAGAUCAGCGUGUCCUUCAAGCCCCAGGAAGCCCGGGUCUACGAGCGAGCGGUUUACUGCGACAUCUCGGGCCGUCAGAACAGGCUGCCCCUGCUCCUCACAGGGGAAGGCCUCGGGCCCCGGCUCCACUCCUACUUUGAGGAACUGAACAUUGGGGAGGUUUCUCUCAGAGUAACCCACAGAUAUAAGGCGGCCCUGUUGAACAAAGGGCCCAUUGGGGCUCCCUUCAGCCUCAUCCCUCCAAGCACAGCCAUGGGCUCCUGCUUCACCUUCCUGCCCCAGGAGGGCAUCGUGGCACCGCACGGGUUCCAGCUCAUCCGGAUCUCCUUCUGUCCCACCAUGCUGGGGGAGUUUGAGGAAGAGUUCUGCUUCCGUGUGACUGAAUCCCCUAAGCCUGUGACCUUGACUAUCAGGGGCUCCGUGACGGGACCGACUUUCCAUUUUGAUGUGCCCGCCCUGCACUUCGGUGACGUCUCCUUUGGUUUUCCUCACACCUUGAAGUGUUGCCUGUAUAACACCUCCCUGGUACACAUGGCCUUCAACCUCCACAUUCCUGGGGAUGGCUUGGGAGGGCCCAGCAUCGACAUCUCUGAUAAGAUACCCAAUCCCAGUAGCCAGUGUUGGAGGAAGGAAGCUCAAGGCCUUAGUAGGCCAAGGGAAUUUACCAUAAGCCCCUGCAGCGGGACCGUCCGUGCCCUGGGAUCCGAGGAUAUCAAGGUCACCCUGUGUUCCAACACCGCUGGAGAGUACAAGCGGGAGCUGGUGCUGGACGUGGAGGAUGUUGGCAAGAAGGUGUUGGCACUGCCCCUCACGGCCAGGUGCAUCGUUCCUCCACUGCGAGUGCUCGACCCUGUCGUGUCAUUCAGGCACUGCUAUCUAGAGGUCCCCUAUGAGAAGAAGCUGACCCUUGUGAAUGACAGCGACUUUCCUGGCUGCUACUGUGUUCUCCCUCAGGAGAACAAGGAGGAGGCUGCCACAUGGUACUGCACCUCUAUGGCAACUGGGAUUAUCGAGGCUCGCGGGUCGGUGCAGAUCCCAAUUGUCCUCCGGGCCCGCUUGCUGGGAGAGUGCGACGUCACUGCGGAGCUCGCCGUGCUUGGGAGAGGAGGAUCCCCACUGGAAAUCCACUUAGAGUGCGUUGGCCAGGGACCCGUUGUCUAUGUCUAUCCGAGGGAGAUAAACUUUGGCGUUAUCCCAGUCUUAAAAGAUCGUACCAAAACUUUCUACCUCGCCAAUCAGUGUGACAUUCCUGCAACCUUCCAGGCAAAGAUGGCUGGGAAACGCUCCUGCUGGAGGCUUGAGCCCAGUGAAGGAGUGGUCCCCCCUAACACUGAGGUGGUCGUGCGUGUCAUCGCACACCUGAGUGACACGCUGAAAUUCCAGGGGGAGGUGAAGGUGUCCAUUGAGAACAGCACCACCACCAUCAUCUCCCUCCGGGCUGUGGGCAAGGGCACCACAAUUGCCAUGGACGAAUCCCUCACUUCGGGGAUCAACCUGAAGUCCCAAUUCAGCUUCACUCCCUGCUAUUUCCAUUUCAAAAUGACAAACACAGGACGACGCAUCCAUCGGCUCUACUGGAGCACAGAAGGUUUUGGCACCUUCCGUCCCAGGACUCGUCCCCCUGCCCUGGGUGGCACCAAAAGGAAAGCUGCUUCCCAGAUCCCCAGACCUGGCAGCCCCGUGUUCAAGGUCCAGCCGCUGCAGGUGGAGCUGAGGCCAGGCCAGACUGUGGAGAUGGUGCUGGAAGGCUGCUCCAGCACUGCCCAGGAGGUGAAGGAGCGGCUGCUGUGUCAUGCUCGGGUGGGCAGCGUGAAGGAACAGAUAGUGCAAGUGGAUGUCACCUGCAAGUUCAUUUGCCCUGUUGUGCAAAUGUCUUCCAGAGCAAUCACUUUCCGUGUGGAAAAGAAACCCAGUGAUGUCCUGACGCUCCAGUACCAGCCUUUGUCUUUAAAAAACACCUGCUCCCUGCCCUUCAGCAUUGUGCUGGACUUGGAGCAGCCCUUCCUGAUCUGCAGUGCAGACCAGCAGCCCCUCCCUGCAGAUUCCAAGCCCAUGACACUGGAUGUAGGGGAGGAACUUCAUCUCUGCAUCCAGUUUAACCCAGCUUAUGAGAACAGUCUGCAUAGCCGGGUGGCAGAGAGGGUUCUCAGGAUACGCUUCACGGAGCAUCCUCAUGAGGAGCAGAUCACAGUUCGGGGAGAAGUCCACUUCCCGAAUCUCCAUCUCGAGACCAAGGCCGUGGACUUUGGCUGCAUCAUGAAUGACACAGAGGAAAUGCUCUUUAUGCGCAUGACCAACUGCGGCCCUCUUCCCGUUCGCUACCAUUGGUCAUUCCUGACCGACAGGCAGCUGAACCCCAUAAGGUUCAUCCCUUCACCACCUAAAUUCAAACCCCGCUCAUCAAAGAACGAGGGAGUGUUCCCAAGGAGAUACUCCAAGAUUGAAAGCGUGAAGGAGCCAACCAAAAUCCAGGUUUUUAGUGUCCGGCCGUCGUGGUGUGUGCUGGAGCCAGGAGAGCGCGAGCUGGUCAUCUUCACCUUCUUUGGCCACGCCAACAUCAUGGCCCGUGUCAAGGCGCUGUGCCACGUGGAGGGAGGCCCCACCUACGAGGUGCUGGUGACCGGGCAGGCUUCAUACCCCAGCUACCAACUGGACGUGGAGGAGAUCGACUGGGGGCUGCAGGUGUUUAACAAAGUCCUCAAAGCAGAGGUCACCCUGCAGAACACCGGGGUACUUGAAUUCACCUACGUGGUGCCAAAUUCCAGCACCGACACUGCAGCAAACCCUCUGCCUGGUGUGCCCGUGGUCGUGCCCCGCACAGGUUCCAUUGCACCUGGCAAGAAGCAAGUGCUGGAAGUCUAUUAUCUGCCAGGAAAGCUAGGAGUCUUCUGCAAGACUGUCCAGGUGCAAGUGGCUUCUCUGGACCCAGCAGAAAUCUUCCUGAAAGGAGAGGGGACCUCCCCUGGGGUUACCAAGGACCUACCCAGCAUGUUGAAAGAAGAGGAGGAGGUAGUGCAAGAGGAAGAAGAAAACCCGGAGGAGGAAGAAAGGGAGAGGGAUGAAUCUGUGGUCCUGGAGUCACGGAUGGAGUCACGGAUGGAGUCACUGAUGGAGUCACUGAUGGAGUCACUGAUGGAGUCACUGAUGGAGUCACUGAUUGUCACAGCUGAACAACAGUGAUGCUGCCAACCUUGCGAUUUCAGCUGAGGAUAAAGAAACUGAAGCAUCCAUAUAUUCUUCAGAAGACAAACCCUGAGAAGUUCAAGGGAAACUGGGAAGCUCUUUGAAGAACCUACUGAGCCAUAAGAACCUCGAGG